AUGAAGGCCGGAGUUCUUGCAGUCGCGGCUGCAAUUGCAGGUGGUGUUAAUGCUAGAGACCUCGGAAGAAGACAUGGUCAUCAAGAAUUCCAUGAGAGAGGAUUGUUAGCUACCCCAGCAUCAUCGUCGGAGUCAUGUGGUUGUACAACUGUUUGGUCUACCGUCACUGGUGAACCUCAAUUAUACUUCCCACCAGCUCCAACCGCUGCUUCUGUUGCUUCUAGCUCAGCCGCACCACCAGCACCAUCAACAUCUGCUGAUGCGUGCUCCGAUAAGUGCAAUACUCAGUAUAACACUUGUAGAAGUGCUCCAGAUGCAAACCGAUCCACUUGUGCUUCCAACUAUGCAUCAUGCCUUGGAUAUUCUCCGUUUGAUAGCAAUGGAUCACUUGUCGCCCCAACUGCGUGUUCCUCAGUAGCAUCGACACCAGCAGCUUCUGCUCCAGGCUCAUCGGCACCAGCACCAUCAACAUCUGCUGAUGCGUGCUCCGAUAAGUGCAACACUCAGUACAACACCUGUAGAAGUGCUCCAGAUGCAAACCGAUCCACUUGUGCUUCCAACUAUGCAUCAUGCCUCGGAUAUUCUCCAUUUGAUAGCAACGGAUCACUUAUCGCCCCAACGGCCUGCUCCUCGUCAGCAACAUCAUCGGCAACAUCUGCUCAAGGCGUUUCAUCUGUACCAGCAGCUUCUGUCCCAGGCUCAUCGGCACCAGCACCAUCUGCCCCAGCACCAUCUGCCCCAGCACCAUCUGCCCCAGCACCAUCUGCUCCAGCAGCUUCUGCUCCAGGCUCAUCAGCUCCAGCCACUUCCAAGGGAGUAUCAACAGCUCCUACUGCCCCAGCUUCAACUGCCCCAGCCGUUGUCCCUACUCCUUUGGCAACCACGUGCCCAACUCCAGGUGUCUACACCAUUCCAGCCACCACUGUGACUUUGACUGAGUCCACCACUGUCUGUGGUGCUACAUCAACUGGUCUUCCAUCUGCAGGAACUUACACCGUUGGAGGUGUUACCACUGUCGUGACCACCGCCACAACAGUUGUAUGCCCAUACGCUGCUGUCUCAACUUCAGAAGGUGUUGUUACAAGCACCAUCUUGACAACCACCUAUGUAUGCCCAUCCGCAGGAACAUAUACCAUCAAUCCAUUAACUACCACCGUUACCGAGCCCGCUGUUUGGGUUUACCCAACUCCUGCUUCCUAUGCUCCAGGAACCUACACACAACCUGAAGUUGUUACCACAAUCACCGAAACUAAUGUGGUUGUUUUCUGCCCUUACUCUUCAUCAUACUCCACAAUUGUUGAUGCCACAUUACCAGCUGGUACACCUGCCCAAGCUACUUCUGCUCCAGCCCCAGUUACGACUUCUGUCGUAGUACCAGUUGCAACACCAAGCUCUAGCUCAGUCUAUGUUGCUCCUUCUUCAAGCGCUGCAUCCGUUGCUCCAUCAUCAAGCGCUGUAUCCGUUGUCCCAUCAUCUUCCGCAGUUUCAUCUUCCGUAGUUGCAUCUUCCGUUGCAUCUCCAUCUGCCUCCUCCACUUCCGCCUCUUCCGGAAACGGAGGUAGUGUAGGAAGCACUGGAAAGCAAUGGGCUAUGACUUACUCCCCAUACCAAGAUUCUGGAUCUUGCAAGACUGCUGCCGAAGUUUCCGUUGAUGUAGCACUCAUUGCCUCUAAGGGAUUCACAGCCAUCCGUAUCUACAGCACCGAUUGCUCCGGACUCGAGAACGUCGGUAACGCUGCUAAGCUUGCUGGUAUCAAAAUGAUCGUUGGUAUCUUCAUUAGCGAGACCGGAUGUUCUGGAGCAGCCGAUCAAGUCACUGAACUUAUUGCAUGGGGACAAUGGUCUCUCGUUGAGCUUAUCGUUGUCGGUAACGAAGCCGUCUUUGGUGGUCACACUACCGCUUCUGAACUCGCCGCAUUCAUCAGCUCCUCCCGAUCGUCCUUCGCAAGUGCUGGAUACACUGGUCAAAUUACCACCACCGAGCCCCUCAACAUCUGGCAAGAAAACACUAGUGUCCUCUGUUCCGCCGUCGACAUCACUGGUGCUAACCUUCACCCAUUCUUCAACGCUGAAGUCACUGCCGAAAAUGCUGGUAAAUUCGCUCUUUCUCAACUCGAGCUUGCCGAUGCUAUCUGCCCUGGUCUUACUGCCAUUAACCUCGAGUGUGGAUGGCCUUCCGCCGGUACCUGUAAUGGAGCUGCUUGCCCGGGUGUAGAAGAGCAAAAGACUGCCGUCUCUAGUAUCAUUGAGUCGUGUGGUGGACGUGCCGCCAUCUUCUCCUACACCAACGAUCUCUGGAAACAACCAGGUGGAUUUGGCUGUGAGCAAAGUUGGGGUUCCAUCCAUCUUUUCUAG